UACGGGUAGAGAGUAUAUGUCUCAUGGCUUUCAAAUGUAAGAACAUAAAUACUACAUUAAAUAAAGAAUCAUUUGGGGAGCGGUGCAAAAGGACGAACCAAAAUGAACGGGAUAGUUAGAAUUCAUAAACGUUUAGAACAUACUGAUUAUAACAGAUGUAUCUAAUUUUAAUAAAAUUCAAGGGCCGAAUGGGUGAAUAUUUGGCUGUCGAAAUAUCUCAGUAAGUUAAACUGAUGACAGUGAAUUAAAUGGAAAAAAAACAACAAGGAACACUAUGAAGAUGUCUAUAAAACAGUUCGAUGAUCCUUUUUGUUUUGGAAGACAGUGGCCUACAUGUAGGUGGGUCAAUCGAUACAAAAUAUUGACAUUUAUUUCACCUAACGAAGGAAAAACGCAAGUAAGAAUGUGCAAACUUUGUUUUUGAGGGGGAAAAUGUGCAGAAUUCGAGAGGAACAGAGUUGUGCGCAAAUGUUUUCAUGUGGAAGAAAAAUGAGCGAAGAUAUCGUUAGCGCAAAAAGGACGACAUUUUACAUUUGCGACGAUUUUCAAUAUCAUAUUUUUAACAUAUUUGAAAUAUGUUUUUUGGAUCAUAGAUAACAGAAGAUAAAGAAAAUCAAAAUUAUCUAACCAAAAUCAUUUUUAAACAUGAAAUUGGAGCGAUGGUUAUUUUUACAUUUACCUCAUUCCGGAAGUUGUGAUUACGAAUGUUGUGGAAAACCUCCAUUGUUCAGCCAUGUUUUUAAGUAAUUUUCACAUGUCCAUUGUGGGGUUUUUGAAAUGCUGUUUUACUUUAACGCAUGCAAACCUUUCCGAGGAACACAAAUGGAAACUUAAAAGAGUUGGAUUUGAAAUACGCAACAACGGGGACAUGAGUUAUGGAGAAUUGAAGGAUAUAUGUCUGCAAAUUGUACGACAUAAUUGCGAAGAAGACAUGGCGACCUCCUUUUCUGAAUUUCUACAGCGAAUUGAAAACGGCAACAUUACGAUGUUUCAAAGGGCUGAAUGUACAGACCUUUUGGUUAAAUGGUAUAAUGCAUGCCUUGAAUACAACACGUAUUUUGACGAAGGUUUAAGGGUUAUGUCCACUUUAGACCUGGCGAGAAUUAACAAUGUGUUCAGUUUAAAAUCAACUCCAAUCAUAUACUGUUCAACGGUGCCAAUCCACGCAGAUGUCAAAUGUGUCCUUGAGUUUUAUCAUGGGUACAAACAAAGGUCUUUCCAUCUGUUGGUAUUUGGUUCGGUUCAAAAUGUGAUGUCAAACGAUGGUCGUGGCUUUAUGCAGGAAGGGUUGGUUUCCAUGUACAUUGUGAGUGAUAUACUGACUUCGAUGGAAAAGCAGCAGGAGUUGGUGAGAAAGAUGUCAGAAGGAAACAUGCGCCUAUUGAAAGAAGACAAAAUAAACAUAGCACAGGGCAAAGUCGAUAUAAAAUCUCAGAGAUCGCAUUACAAAUUAGUAGUCAAUGCUAAUGUUCUAAAAUCACGACUAUGGAAAAUGAAAUCAUCCAAAUCACAGACAUCCGACAUUAAAAGGCUUAUUCCAAAAUGCACGCACUGUGGCGGCUUCAAGACAGGCACUAGCUUUUCCGACCAUCACCAUGCGAUAUUGCACUGGAAACUGGAAACAGAGUUCACAAAACACCCAUCUUUAUUGUCAGAACUCCUCUGCCACUUUGAUGUAAAGGUUCAAAUGAUGACCACGCCCAUUUUGGCUAGACAAAGGAUGGUCGUGAACGUUACUUCACAAAGUCCACUCAUGCAGUGUGAUAGGACAUUGUAUCUGCGAAAGGACUGAGCAAAGAAUGAUGUUCAACAACAACGACAACAACAACAACAACAAAGAGGAGAUUUACAAAACAGGAAGGCAGUCCAAUCGUGCAUGAAUUGAAUCAAACGGGGAAAACACAACCUUGGACAAUAUGAAUAAAACAUACGUUUUAAGGUCAAACUGCCCAGCAUUUUUGUUGUGAAAUAUAAAGACAGCAUAUGAUGUUAGUCGCCCCGCUGUACAAAACUUAAAGUAUCAUCUAACUCCAAUUGUCCAAUAUUCUAUUGCAUUGGCAUGUGUAUACAUGUAAUUAAUUAUGAUACUGAUAUACUGAUAUGAUGCUUCGAUACCACAUGCUACAUUGUAUUAAAAUGUCUUGGUGCACGUCGUUAAUCUUUUGUUUCGUUCAACAAAAAUGCAGAGUGGUUAUGCAGGCAUUGUCACUAAACCGGGUUUAUGUUUAAACUUUUUGCUACUGAGCAUGUUUCUGUAGCUGUUUGCAUAUAUAUUGAAGAAGAUACGAACAUACAGUACUAUAUGCUAAAAGAGUGAUACUGCAACUGAACAAAUAAUUGUGCACAACGGCGUGUUCUUCAUAAAUUCUACUCCAAAAAAGGACGAUUUGUGGACCAUAUUGUGUCACUGCAUGAGUGUCAAAAUGUUCCUUGAAUUAAGUUCAUUGAAACCAGAGGAAAUCCUGGGGGGACAUCGUCAGAGUCUAAGGCUUUAAGGUCACAUUUAACAUGACUUAAUGCACAGUCAAUUGUAAACACGCCCCCCCCCCCCGUCCCGGUGAAUGGCGUGGACUUGGACUUUUGGUCCAGCCAAGUAAGAUCCCCGCCUUGUGAGGAAGAACUGCUGUUAAAAUUCCCGCCAAAUGCCCCCGCACCCCAGAGACCCUAGGUAAGGCCUAUUCCCCGCCAUUUUUGGCACGAAGACAAAACCACUGCAUUCACCCGGCACUGCGGAGCCACCUUGAACGUAAAAACACGGCCCAUAUCCCAGGCUAUCCCCGGUAUACCCCCGGACCGGGGGGGGGGGGGCGUGAUUACAAUUGACUGGUUCAUAAGUACAUAAAACUCUUAUUAUAAUAUGCCUGAGAUAUGUGAUUAAGUUAGCUAUUGUACCACGAGUGUCAUAGAAAAACAUAUUCUCACGAGUGAAAUUUAUACGAUCUUGCACCGAAAUCGAUAUUUCUGUGUUUCUUAUGUGCUUUAGAUAAAUUGGUAUUUUAACUAUAUUAAUAUUGAUACCCCCUUUUUGAAAUACACCUUUGCUAUCCUCGUGACGCACCUCACACACAGUUUUGAUCGUCAAUGACGUACACUUGUCGUUCCUAUACAGGCUUGUAGAGAAAUAGUUAUCCAAUAUUUUUUGGAAGUUUAUUAUUUUUAGUGUUUCAUUUUUUAUAAACAUUCAUUUAUAAUGAUCUUUUAUUAAUGAUUCAUGUUCCUAAUAAUAAUAGGCAGUGUCCGAAUUAGUUUUAAAAUGACCAGUACAUGAAUACAUUGACCAAAAUAUACUGGAUAGGGCGUUUACUGAAUGCACAUUUGCAAGAUCGAACGAGUAAACAAAACAAAUGAAGAUUAACAUUGGAUUAAGCACAGUUUUACAAAUUAAUGAGUUUGUUUCAUGAUACAUAUGAUAAAUAUAAAAUCACCCUCGCUGUCAGAAAUCAGUCUUAUUGGCUUGUAGACGGGUAAGUUCCCAUGAUGGGAUGUCUUAAUAGCACAAUUGUCUAUGAUCUGCAUAGUGUAAAACUUGGAGUAUUCUAGUUUAUCAGUUAUAAUUGUUUCGUGAAUUUUCCGGGAAGUUUAUAUUUACAAAGUCAGACAGGUUGAGAAGAUAUCAAAUAGAUUAUAAAACAUCGAUUUUAUGGACAAACACUUGUCUUAUGUCUUAUGUUAUAUACGAAAUUGUCAAAAGCAGGUUUUCAAGCAAUCGGCUUUAAAAAACGUUUAAAACAUAUAGUGAUUGCCAUUUCGCUAAUAACGGUAUAUUUUAGGUAUUUCCAAAACAUCUUUAUUCAAACAGACGCAAUAUUUUAUUUGAGGUAUUCCGUUCUAAUCGAAAGGAAGUUGCUACUAUUUAUUUUCAACAGUUAUUCUUAAAGUUUAAUUCCUUAGUUUGCAGUGAAAAUAUAAAAAAAACACUGAUAAAACUCCAAUAUUCACUGAAAGGCAUGAAAGAUACAAAUUUAUAUAUUCAGUUCAGGAAAUUUGAAAGUUAGCGAUAAUUAAUUUUAUAAUGAAAUUGUGGAUUAAAUGGUAUAGAGUGUCAGAUAUAUUUAUCACAUGUGGUUUUUCUGGUAUAAAAUAACCAAAAACGA